AUGAUUCAAAAUGUGGCAGAUGGAAUAUCAAAUGCUCUUACAACUUCUGAAAAAGUACGUGGCUGGAAAUUGGUGCAGAAAACUAUACCUCGAAUCAUUGAAUACGGGCGGUCCGAAGGCAUUUUGCAAGUCAAUGCACCAUCAAAUGCAUUUAAUAUAACGGGUAUUGUGAUAGCAGCUCAAGAAGAAGCUCAUACUCAGAAAGAGCCGAGAUCUGGUGAUAAAGUGAAUCUUCCCACAAAUGACAUAACGACAAUGCAUGAAGCGAUUCCAUUCCUACCAGUACCUGUAGCUAUCACAUGCCUACUCUUCAAUAUAUUUAUUCCUGGCUCAGGAACCAUAAUAUCUGGAUUCUCAGCUCUCUGUAUGGGACAACCCCGAAUUAAUAUGAAAGAAGGACGGAAACUUAUCACUCUUGUUGUUAAUUUGUUGGUUGGAAUCUCACAAUUUUUUACGAUAACGUUCUUGUUUGUUGGAUGGUUUUGGUCGAUUGCAUGGGGUGGAUUGUUGAUUAUUCAUUCAAUGCAAUACCGUGAAGCCCUCCAACAACGACGACAAGAAGCUGUUGCCACUGCUGCUAUCGAAGCUCUUACGAAAGAUUCGAUUCUUCAUAGAAGAGAUGUCAAGACACUUGUGAAAUCUCAUAAGAAAUCAAAGAAAUAA